GUGGAGGAAGGACUCAAACUCCCAAGAUGGCGGCGUCGUCUGAGGAGCGGAUGGCCGAGGAAGGAGGCGGCGGCCACGGCGACGGCGGCUCCUGUUCGGCCGCCGGCUCGGCUCAGCGACAGCCCCCGCCGCCCCCGUCGCAGGCCCCGCAGCCGGGGUCCCAGGCCCCCGCCGCGCCCGCGCUGGCUCCGGACCACCUGCCUCAAAACAACACGCUGGUGGCGCUGCCCAUCGUAGCCAUCGAGAACAUACUCAGCUUUAUGUCCUACGACGAAAUUAGCCAGCUCCGCCUGGUCUGUAAAAGAAUGGACUUGGUCUGUCAGAGAAUGUUGAAUCAGGGAUUUCUGAAAGUGGAGAGGUACCACAAUCUAUGUCAGAAGCAAGUGAAAGCACAGCUGCCAAGGAGAGAGUCAGAAAGGAGAAACCAUUCUUUAGCCCGUCAUGCAGACAUCCUUGCUGCUGUGGAAACAAGGCUGUCACUGUUAAAUAUGACUUUCAUGAAGUAUGUGGAUUCCAACCUCUGUUGCUUCAUCCCAGGAAAGGUGAUUGAUGAGAUAUACCGUGUACUGAGAUACGUCAAUUCUACCAGAGCCCCACAGCGAGCCCAUGAAGUGCUCCAGGAAUUACGGGAUAUUUCCUCCAUGGCAAUGGAGUACUUUGAUGAGAAGAUUGUUCCAAUUCUGAAGAGGAAAUUGCCAGGGUCAGAUGUAUCGGGAAGACUCAUGGGCUCUCCUCCAGUUCCUGGACCAUCUGCAGCCCUGACGACAAUGCAGCUCUUCUCCAAGCAAAACCCUUCAAGACAAGAGGUUACCAAACUCCAGCAGCAGGUUAAAACCAAUGGUGCUGGCGUGACUGUCCUCAGGCGUGAAAUUUCUGAGCUUCGCACCAAAGUGCAAGAACAGCAGAAACAGCUUCAAGACCAAGACCAGAAACUGCUAGAGCAGACUCAGAUCAUAGGCGAGCAGAACGCACGGUUGGCAGAGCUGGAACGGAAGCUCCGAGAAGUCAUGGAAAGUGCAGUAGGAACGUCCUCAGGGUCUGGGCAGAGCGAGGAGUCUCCUCGGAAACGAAGAAAGGCAACGGAAGCCAUAGACUCUCUUAGGAAAUCCAAACGACUGCGGAAUAGAAAGUGAAGUGGAGUGUGGCUGUAGCUCCAGAGGAAGACAGCCAUGGCUGGGAGUUUAAGCAGUUAUUCCUGUCAGGAUGCUGGAGCACCAUGGUGUCCCUUAGGCUUCCAGACGAUCAGAACACAACUUACACUGGGCUCUUGUGGUUGGCAUCCUUCUCGCGCUUCUCUGGUGGAGCUGAUGCACAGAACCUCCUUCCUUUGCAGUAGAUCUGGACUAAGCAGACCCGUGCUAUCAUGUCUGGGAGCUAACGUUUCUCCUGUGCAGACGAUGUGUUAAGUUUGUUUGUUUCAGCAUAUAUGCACAUUACAUACGGAUUUUAAACAGACCCAUUCUUGACAGACUAAAAGUUAAGUUUAAUACAUAAAAUGUCCUGUUCACUUGAAAGAAAAAAUCUACUUUUUAAAUGGACACUAUCUUGUUUUGAAAAAAAAGUUGACUUUUUGUUUGUUAUAAGUGACCUUUGUCUGGAAUGUCUGAGAAGUAGUUACUCCUUUGGUAUUGAAGUGAUGGGUAACAGAAAGGACUGCAUAGUGUUUGUUGCCUGUAGAAGGGGCUCUAUAGUACUGACUAUCUAUUUUUAUAAACUACUGGCAAGGGAGGUUUCCAGUUGUCAGAUACAUGCUUUCAGUUUUCUUUGGAGCCACGUCCUCCAUUUGCAUGGAUGGAUGCAUGCAUUGCCCAGUCAGCACACUGCACAGCUCUUUCACUGGUGUGGGUCUUGAACCUCUACACCACGUGGAGAGCUGCGCCUUCUUUGGUUUAAGCGCUUAACAUCUUCCUCUGCAGCAGCUUGCCUGUAGGGGGGGAAUUGUCAGUCCAUUUGUCCUCCAGUUUUGUAGGCACAAGAGACUGUAAAGUCCAUUGAUGUGUCUCUUCUCUGUAGGGUUCAGGUCCACUGGCUAAGACAGAACCCCAAAUCCACGCCUCUUUCUGUAGAAGUCAGACCUCUGGGAACUAGUCAUGAUUCUGACUCGUCACUGUGCUCAUGGGUCAACCAUGACUGAAUAGGGACCCAGCUGAAGGAAAGUUCAUUGGAGAGAAUUGUACCAUGAAAAAGCAGUUUGAUCAUCUCCUUUCUGGGGAUGAGCCGAGUAGAGCUUUUGAAUGCCUCUUUCAAGCUCUCGUGAUAACUUUGAACAGAAGCUUAGUUUCCUUUGCACUCCUGUUUCGAGCUUGUAACUGGAAAAGUGUGUCUUGCACUGUCCACCCUUCUGAGGGGUCACUUUAACAACCUCCGAUUGUGUAAAGUGGUUCUUUUCCCCGUUGUAUAUGUUCGGAAACAUUCAGCUAUCACUGUCCUAUUUUUAUUUUAAUGUACUAAAUUAUGUAGUUUUGUUCUUUUAAAUGUCUGUUGCUUUGGGCUUCAGUUAUUUAUAGUAAAUUUAGGUGUGAGAUAGUAAAAACUAUCCCUUUCCAGGUGAAAGUUGACACCUGUGUAAAACUAAGGUUUUGGUAAAUCCCACAGUGGGAGAAAAGCACGAGGUUGUCAUCCGUCCAACAUGACAUGUUAUGCAUCCUUUAGGUUACUUUACCAGGUGACACUCUGCUACCCAUCCUUAGUGUUGUCCCUUCAUGAGCCUGCCCUUGGGUUUGGUUCAAGUCCAUUUACAAUGUAGUGUGUUUUCAGUGAGAAACCGUAACAUGGCAUCCAAGUGUUUCAUGGUUUGUUGGGAAGGUAAUUUUAAAAUAAACAGUUUUCCUAAAAAGAUUUGUCAGCCAAGGUCAUCCAUAAAGGUCCUUGUCUGGAACUCGCUUUCUCAGCAGGUCUCACUUUUGCAACCCUAGGACGUAGCCAUAUCACCGUAGCCUUGGAGGAGGCCUACUGGGCACUCAGAGCUUGACUUUACUAGUCUGCUGUUCUGGUAGGGGAAGACUUUUUUAAGCAUCAAAGUACAGGUUUUCAAAGUAUAACCCUUAUGCAUCAAAGAAAUAAGCCUCAAUUUAUUUCUUCAAUAAUUAUUAAAAUUUCUCGAAAUUUUUUUCAAACGACGUCUAACUAGCCUAAAUAUAAUCGCUAGUCUUCCAGUAGUUAAUGCGAGUGCAUGGCUUUCAUAAUGAACACUCACAUGGUGAGAAGGGAAAUGUCUGCUGCAUGCACCUGCGGUCUCCAGCCCAUCAGACUGAGUUGCACUAGUUUCAUGAGUAUCUGUAACUAUGAGAAUAAAGAACUACAGCUCGCUUGUCUUAAGCUUUACUCGGAGUAGCUAACACACGUUAGGAAGUUGUCUUCACCAUUUAAUACAGUUCUUUGGGAUAGCAUAGUAGCAUUUAGAGUUCUUCAAAUCACACAUUAUUUUAAUAGCUAAAACUGACUUGCCAUGGGAAAACUUAACCAGCCUCCUGAGAGAGACCUCUUGCAUUUCCUGGCAGAACCUUACAUGCUAUAGGUGGUUUACAGCAAAUUUCAUAAAGUAUUCCCACCAAGAAGCGAUUCCUCUGUUUGAAUGGGUCAUUCCCAUGUAUAAGUUUACCCGUGGUACACACUACACACAGGCAUACAAACCCGAAAAGACAUGAAUGGGAGGUGAAGAGGACUGGCCCCUGUCCUGCAGAGCCCUGCUCGCCUCCCACACAGACUGCUCUGGUUUCCAGCCAACAUGGGUUACAGAAGCUCUUCAAACUUCCCUUCUGAUGUAGAGAGCCUGGAGGUAAAUGGGGGCAAUUAACAGUAACCCCACUGUUGUAAAGACUAUUGGGGUACCCCAGGUCGAAAGCCAAUGAUUUGGAAUCAACUUUUUUUGUAAAACAUGUUUUUUUGAAGUACUGAACUUCACAGGGGCUUGCCUUAAUUUAGUAGUUUCAAGAUGUAUGCGCUGAUAUUCUAUGUGUUGAAAUGUUAAAAUAUUCUAUGUAGCCCCAAGAGUGGGUAAAACAGAGUUUAAUGCCUAAAUAAAUAAGCUAAGAGGUGUCAGUCACUACAGCUGGAUUUUUUAGAGAAAGUGAACAUAUGAAAAAUGGGCUAUGCGUCAUGAACAAAAAACAAUGGCACCUUGGGAUUGCACUAUUUCAUGCACUGUUUUCUAUGCCAUUUCCUAGCCUGCACUUUUACCUCCAAAGAAAUGCUGUGUAGUGCCCGUUGCUUGCUAGUGAGCUCAUUCCUAAUGGCACUAAUUCUAUCUAGUUCACUAUGCUGAGUUAGUUUCCGUAGCUGCCUUCCUUAUGAGUUCUCUGCUUCCUUAGCCAUAAUCCUUUCUAGGAUCUGAGAACUCCUGUCUCCUCAGUUUCCAACAGUGUAGCAUUUUAAUUUAAUGUAAACCUCAUCCUUGGUGAUCAGCACAGUCAGAGAUCCUCUUCUAGUGGUGAGGACCUGUUUGUUACAUAAACCAAACCUUCAGAGAGUAGACACUGUGAGAUCUGAAAGCAGGGAUGUAAGACCUGAGAGGGAACACACAAAAGGACACAGCUGGUUCCAACAGGAAAUGUACUGUUCGAUGCUUUGGCUUGAGGUCUGAUGAGUUCCUUUAGGGCACAACAGGUUCAGUUAAAACUACUUAAAUGUAGAGCCCACUACCAUCUGCAGGAAGUUAUUUUCAACAAUUGCUAAGUCCACAAAACCUACAGCAACCACUGGUGGUGAGAUGUGGCCGAGAACUGCUCUCCCUGAGUAGCGGUGUGGCACACAGAUAAGACCUAGGGCAGGCCUGAGUGAUGUUGGCCUUUCCCAGUUGCCUAAGAAUCAUGGUUACAUUUCUGAAACUCAAGCAUUAAAUCCACCUUUUCCCAUUGUGUCUGAAGGUAGCCACACGCUUUAGCAUAGGGGUCCGAUCAGGCUAUUGCCAAAGUCUAGUGGUUCAUACUGCCGAAAGGUUAGCCGUGUUGAUUCUUUAUGUGGUACCGUAUGUCUGUUUACUUAUGCUCAUGAGCAACAAUAAACCAUUUUCAUUGUUA